AUCUUGCUUUGUUUCUACAGCUCAAUUCAAUCUCUCCAGCAAAGAGUAGCUAUUCUACAGGACCAAUGUCAGGAUUAUCUGAAAAGAGCAGAGCACCAUCUCCAGUUUUACCUAGAUUCUGGAUCAUCAGGCAGAGGCAAGGCAGAUGCUGAGAAAUAUCUGGUAAUGUCAAAUGAAAGUAUUGAGCAGCUCAAUAUAUGUGCAAGAGAGCUCAGGUCUCUGAAUCAGCCCUUUGAGCAUGCGGCUAGGAGCGCCCAGCAGUUCAAGGAGCAGGUCCGUGCUGCCCACUCGCUGCUGCAGGGCACCCUGCGCCGGAAGGGCAGCAUGAACUGGGAGGACCCUGGGAGAAGUUUUAAUGAAGCCAUGGGUUGGAUUGGGCAACAGAAGCGGUUGAUUGAGACUUCGCCUUGGGGUGAUGACAGUGCCGCCAUUGAGCAGCAGAUCUACAACCAGAAGAAGUUUCAGAGCUCCAUCCAGAGGAGUGCUGAGGUGGACAGAGCCAGGGAUGAGCUGCUCCAAAAAGGUGAAAAGGGGGCACUCCAUGCCCUGGAUCAAGAGUGGGACAGCCUGCAGAAAAUGUGUUUUGAACGAAUGAAGCAGCUGAAGGACCUACAAAGCAUCAUAGAAGAAAUAUCCAAAGAGAUCAUGUGGGUGAAUGAAAGAGAGGAGGAGGAACUGGUCUUCGACUGGGGUGAUAAGAACAUCGAUAACUACAUCCCCAAGAAGCAAGAGGGCUAUUCAAAACUUAUGAGUGACCUGGAAGAAAAAGAAAAGUACCUCAAUAAGCUGAAGCAAAAAGUGGAUGGUCUUCUCAAGAAUAAUCACCCUGCUUUUGACAAGAUUGAGGCAUACAUGGACACUUUGCAAACACAAUGGAGCUGGCUUCUUCAAAUAACAAAAUGCAUUCAUGUACACCUGAAGGAAAAUGCUGCCUACAGCCAGUUCUUCAAGGAAGCCACUGAAACCUACAGCAAGCUGCAGAAGCAACACGAAAGUAUCCGCAAGAACUUUGCUUGUGACAAGAGCACACCUCUGGAAAGACUGCUGGAGUUUGUUACUAACCUGGAGAAAGAGAAAGAGCGGAUCAUGGAGAACAGGAGGCAGGUGCAGCACCUGAUGAGCAAGGCCAAGACCAUCGUGCAGCUGAAGCCGCGGAACCCGGAGGAGAAGAGCAGCAGCACCGUGAUCGUGCAGGCCCUGACCGACUUCAAGCAGGACCAGAAAGUAAUCCUGAAGGGCAACGAGGGCAUCCUGAAAGACAACUCCCAGCGCAGCAAGUGGCAGGUGACCGGCCCGGGGGGGCUGGACAUGCUGAUUCCUUCGGUCUGUCUCCUCAUCCCGCCCCCCAAUCCUCUCAGCAUCAGCCUUGCUGCCAAGAAUGAACAAUAUUAUGAGGCUAUUAUGUCAAUCUGGAGCCAGCUGAAUAUAAACAUCAGGAGUUUGGUGUCCUGGCAGUACUGCUUGAAAGACAUAAAUCACAUUAAUUCUUUGACCAUUACCAUGCUUGCGAAGAUGCGUCCAGAAGAAUACCGCAGCAUUAUCAAGAGCUUAGAAAUGCGUUACCAAGAGUUCCUGAGGCAGUCUCAUGGAUCGGAAAUGUUUGGUGAAGAAGAUAAGAAGAAGAUUGAGUCAGAAUACAGUGGAGCACAAGACCACUACAACACUCUUGUUGUAAAACUGCCAGAGUACGUCGCAGGGUCACGGAGCGAGGUGAUCAUCAACGACGCCAAAGCACCAGUGGUCAGUCAUCAACCAACCCCCCCUCCACCUCCUGCCCCGUCUCCGGUCUUGACUGCCCCGUCUCCGGUCAGCUCUUCCAGUCAGAGCCUGUUGAUCGCGCUGCACGCUCUGCGCCAGAGGCUUGACAAGUGUGCGGCCAACAUGACUUCUCACAUUUACAUCUCCCUGCAAGAGGACUCGGUCAGCGACUGCACCGCCAGAAUCUCCCAGCUGGAGGCUGUGCAAGGUGAAGUAGACUCCAUUUAUGAUGCCUACAUCAAACUGAAAGAGACAAUUCUGAGGCAGCUUCAGGGAUUGAAUGACCCAGACAAGGAGAAGUUUCUUCAGGCAGAACUUGCAUUUAUAAACCAGAAACUUGGUGGCAUGAGAAGCUUUUCUUCUUCCUAUUUGGAAAGGCUGAAAGCACUUCGAGCUCUGCUUCAGAGCAUCCUGCAGGCCGAAGACAUCAUCAAAGUGCAUGAGGCCAGACUCACUGAAAAGGAAACCACUUCUCUUGACCCCAAUGAAAUAGAAGGCUACAGAGCAGCUCUGAAGCAAAUGAAAUUAGAUCUGGAGGCCAGAAAGGACCUUAUCAAAAAUAUGGAAGUGCACCUGCAUAACGCGGUGCAUUGGAACAGCCAGAUCGAUGAUUCGUUCAACAAGUGUGAUUUGGAUCUGUCAAAGUAUGCGGAGGUGGUGGGGCAGAUGUCUGACCGCUGGCGCAGGAUCCAGGCCCAGAUUGACAGCAGACUUUGGGAUUUGGAGAAGCAUUUGCAGCAGCUGAAGCACUUCACACAGACCAGCACAGUGCUCAGAAAGUGGAUUGAUGAAGCAAAGCAACGCCAAGACACGCUCCAGUCUGGCAAAUUUGAAGAUACCAAAGUAAUUAUGGACUAUCUGAAUCAGCAAAAGAUGCUACAUGCUGAAAUAAAAGGAAAGAGGGACAAAGUGGAAGAUGUUCAGAAGAACGCGGAGCUAUGCUCAAAUUCAGUGAAGGAUUAUGAGCUCCAACUUGCUUCAUACAGCGCAGGGCUGGAGACGCUGCUGAACAUACCCAUUAAAAGGACUAUGGUGCAGUCCCCUUCCACUGUCAUACUGCAAGAGUCAGCAGAUCUGCAGUCUCGUUACAUCGAACUCCUCACAAGGUCCAGUGACUAUUACAAGUUCCUGGGGGAAAUGCUAAGAAACCUGGAAGAAAUAAAGAUAAGGAACACCAAGAUUGAACUUUUGGAAGAGGAGCUGAAACGGAGGAAAGAUGACAGCAGUGACCAAUCCCAAAAGAAUAAAGCUCUGGAAGAUGUCCUAGCCAAAUACCGACUGGAGCUGAAUGAACAUAAGGAAAGAUUAUCGUCCAUGGAGACUGUCAAAAUGACACAGGCAAUGGAGUACAGCGCUGCAAAGCAGAACCUGGACAGCACUUUCACCCAAGUUAAAGACCUGUCCGAGCAGGUGACCAGGCUAACCUAUCAGAUUGAGGAAGAAAAGAGGAAGAGGAAACUGGCUGAGGAGCGGUAUUCCAGUCAACAGCAAGAAUUUGAUCUCGUCAUCAAAAAGAGGCAGAAAGAGCUGGACGACGUCAGCUGGGAAAAGAUAGACAUCGAAAAGACAAUCAAGGACAAGGAGCGAGAGAUCGAACGGCUGAAAAUGCAACUGGAGGACGAGGGAGCUCGAAAGCGUGAAUUCGAAGCCGAGCUUUCAAAGGUAAGGAACCAACACAAUCAGGAAAUAAUUAACCUUAAAAAAACGUACGAGUCAGAAAUCCAUGUCACAAAGACAAGUGUCCAAAAGAUAAGCAUGCAGAGAGAGGAGGACUCGACAGCACUGAAGUUACAGCUCGAAAGAGUUAUGUCAGAAAAGAGGGACUUGGAAGAUGAGGUGAGGAGAUUGAGGACUUCAAUCAGUCAAACGGAGGCGAUGUGGAAGAAAGCUGAAGAAACAGUGCACCAGCAGAAGGCAUCUGGCACUGAAGAGUACAGAAAGCGAAGGGAGGUCGAGAUUGAGUUACAGACCAUCAUCAGGCAGCGGAGUGAAGAAGGCCAGAGGCACAAAGAGGCCCUUGAGGAUGCAUCCAAAGCAAUCCAGGACAAAAGCAAGCAAAUCAGUGAGCUCAGGCAGAACCUGGAAGAGGAAGCACGAAAAAGAAAAGCCCUGGAAACAGAAAACACUUCUCUCAGACAAACUCAGAUCAGUCUGCAGAAAAAACACGAGUCUUCUACGGAGGUCAUAAACAGGCUGAAGUCAACAGAGCAGGAGAUCAGUGUGGUCAAAAUAGAACUGGAAAGGCAGACGAGGGACAAGAAGAAAGCAGAACAAGAAGUUGUCAGACUCCAGAACAGGAUUAAAGACUUUCAGGAGAUGGUUGACAGGCUGGAAGUUGAAGUGGAUGAUCAGAAGAGGGUAGCAAGGGAAGAGUCUGCAAAGAGAAUAGGUUUAGAAGCAGAAGUAGCUAAGAUGAGCCAGUCCUGCAAAGGACAUCUGAAUACAAUCAAAGAACUCAGAGAGCAGCAGGAGCACAUUUCCAUAAUAAGUAAAACAUCUCAACAAGAACUGCAAAGCCAGCAAGACUCCCUAAACCAGAGCCUGAAAGAGCAUAAACUUGUUACUGAUAAGCUGAAUGCUGACCUGAAAACCCUGCAGAACAAACUCCUUCAGGAGCAGGCAAACGUCAAAGAAGCAAAUCUCAGAAACGAGCAGCUGUACAGAACCAUUGAGGAAAAGAGUAAGAUUAUCAAUGAGAACAAGUCUGAAAUAGAGAGGCUGCAAAACCUCACUGAGAACCUGACCAAAGAGCGUCUGAGGUUAGAGGAAGAGUCGAGGUGGCUGAAGCAGGAGAGGGACGAGCUGAAAAAGAGCAAAGACGAUGGUGAAAGCGAAACCCUUUCUCAGAUCUCGUUCCUGCAACGUCAGCUGCAAGACAGCACCAAACGAUCACUCGAGCAUCAGACACUUGUUAAUGAGUUGUCCAAGGAAAGGGAAAAGUUGAAACUGGAAAUUGAAAAAUUCCAAAAACAAACAACUGAGACCUCCUCCUUGGUUCAUGCAUCUCAGACUCAGUACAAUGAGCUUUUGCAGGAGAAGGACAGUCUUAUACUGAAGAUCAAGCUACUGGAGCAGGACAAAGCUAGAAUGCAGAAAUAUGAAGACGAACUCAGCCGCAUCAGGGUUUCCCUCGAAUCUGAAAUUCGCAUGAAGCAACGCCUUCAAGAUGAAAAUCAGCAGAUUCGGAAUGAUUUCAAUUACUGGAAAAGCCAGUAUGAGCUGAAAGAGGACUUAGCCAGGAAGGGUGAGACAGAGAAAGAUAAGCUUGAGAGAGAGAGAAACUCGCUGAAAAACGAAGUUGAAAGGCUUGUAGCGGAAUUAAAACUGAUGGAGGAAAGAUAUAAAAAUCGUUUGAAAAGCACGGAAAGGGAAAUGUCAGAGUUGGAAUCCACAAAAGAAAGCAUGGAGAGGGAGCUUAGAAAACUCAACCAGCGUCCCUACGCUUACAGCAAAGAAACCCAGACGGACACGAACGUGGUCACGGUAGAUUCUUCCAAACUUGUGUUUGACGGGUUGCGUAGAAAGGUCACGGCUAAUCAGUUGUACGAUUGUGGGAUUAUUGAUAAGCUUACUCUGGAUAAGCUUCUCAAGGGACAGAAGACAGUAGAUGAAGUGGCCCUAGACAUCCAGCUCAAUUUAAAAGGAACAGGGGUCAUAGCGGGCGUGGUGGCCGAAUCGCAGGGGAAGCUGUCCAUCACGGACGCCAAGAAGAAGAACUUGAUCUCUCCGGAAAGUGCUGUGAUGCUAUUAGAAGCGCAAGCAGCCACGGGGCACGUUAUCGAUCCCAAAACAAGCGAAAGGCUUCCAGUGGAUGUUGCCUGUACCAGGGGCCUAGUAGAUGGAAAGGAUAGAGACGCGCUGCUCACAGCCGAAGCGGCUAGCGCUGGCUUCAAGGAUCCGUACACGGGCAAGCUUCUGUCCGUCGGUCAAGCAAUGAAAAAGGGACAGGUCGACAGAACAACGGCAAUCCGUUUGUUGGAGGCGCAGGAGUCUGCCGGAGGUAUAGUCGAUCCUGUCCUCAGCGUGUUCCUUCCGAAAGAUGCGGCCCUUGAUCGGGGGUUAAUUGAUGAGGAUCUCUACAGAUCUCUCAAUAAGAAACCAACCAGUUACAUAGACCCUGCAACGAAGGAAAAUGUCAGUUACAUUCAGUUGAAAAAAUUGAGCAAAGCCGAGCCUCACACUGGUUUGCUGCUCCUUCACUUGAAGCCUCAGCAAGACAUGACCGUUUCAGGACUCAGAGGAGAAGUUCCCAUUAAAGAGCUGGUAGAUUCAAACCUUUUACAGAAGUCGGAUGCAGAAAAAUUGGCUGCAGGACAACUCUCCAAACAAGAUAUUGAAGACAAACUAAAGUCUUACUUGCGUGGCUCAAGCUGUAUUGCUGGAAUUUAUGAUGAAGCCAAUGACAGAACACUCUCCAUCUAUCAAGCAAUGAAAGAAGGGCUGCUUAGACCUGGCACCACUCUGGAACUUCUGGAAGCCCAAGCAGCAUCAGGGUUCAUGGUGGAUCCUGUUAAUAAUGUUUGCUUGACAGUGGAAGAGGCUUAUAAGAGAUGCAUAAUUGGCAGAGAGUUUAAGGACAAACUCAUGGCUGCUGAAAGGGCUGUCACCGGAUACAAAGACCCAUCAACGGGGAAAAUCAUUUCAUUGUUUCAAGCCAUAGAAAAGGAACUAAUUGAGAAAGGACAUGGCAUCAGGUUGCUGGAAGCUCAGAUUGCAAGUGGUGGUAUAAUUGACCCCGAACACAGUCACCGCAUAGACGUUGAUGUUGCCUACAAACGUGGGUAUUUCGAUAAAGAAAUGAACGAUAUCUUGUCUUAUGAAGGGGAUGACACCAAAGGUUUCUUUGACCCAAACACUGAAGAAAAUCUAACAUAUCUGCAGCUUAAAGACCGGUGCAUUAAGGAUAAACAGACUGGUCUCACCCUACUUCCACUGAGAGAUAAGAAGAAACAACAGCAGUUGACUCAGAAGAACACCCUGCGCAAGCGCAGAGUGGUGAUUGUUGAUCCUGACACUGACAAGGAAAUGACAGUACGUGAAGCUUUUCACCGGAACCUGAUUGACUAUGACACAUUCUUGGAGCUCUCCGAGCAGGAAUGCGAGUGGGAAGAGAUAACUAUCACUUCAUCCGACGGCACGUCAAGAGUAGUAAUUGUUGAUCGGAAAACCGGCCAGCAGUACGACAUUCAGGAUUCUGUAGAUAAGGGUGUCAUUGACAAAUCGGCAUUGGAGAAAUAUCGCUCGGGGUCCCUGACCCUUACGCAGUUUGCAGACAUGUUGACCACCAAGAGCACCGGGGAAGUCUUGGUCAGUUCUUCUAGUCUUGAAUUUACCAGCAGGAGCCCCACAUUACUUAAACCUGGGUCACCAGCUACCCCAAGAAAACUUUGGUCUGGCGUCUCGAUAAGUCUUUCGCCCCCCUCCGAUCUGUUAGAAGAUCAAAGUCCGAUCGCAGCUAUAUUUGACACCGAAACCAUCGAAAAAAUAACCAUAACCGAAGCGGUACGACGGGGGCUUGUGGACUCUAUCACGGGGCAGCGGCUGUUGGAGGCUCAGGCCUGUACUGGAGGCAUCAUAAAUCCCUCAAAUGGUCUUCGGCUCACGUUGGAUGAUGCGGUAAGACAGGGCAUCAUUGACCAGGACAUGGCUGUGAGGCUGAAGCCAGCUUAUAAAGCAUUUGUAGGCUUUGAAGAUGUGAAAACCAAGCGUCAGAUGUCGGCGGCGCAAGCAAUUAAGGAGAAGUGGUUACCGUAUGAAGCUGGGCAGAGGUUCCUUGAGUAUCAGUAUGUCACAGGAGGCCUGAUGGAACCCGGUACCACUCAAAGGAGAAGUAUUGAAGAAGCCAUCAGAAAAGGCUGGCUGGAUGGAAGAGGAGCUCAGAAACUCCAAGAUGCCAAGCGCUAUGCCAAGAGUUUGACGUGUCCUAAAACCAAGCUAAAGAUUUCAUACAAGGAGGCCAUGGAAAAUUGCAUGGUGGAGGAAAACACCGGGAUGAAAUUGCUGCAAGCGUCCUCCAUGUCCUCUGAAGGAAUCAGCAGCCCCUACAACGUUUCAUCUGCGCCGGGGUCCCGCUCCGGGUCCAGGAGCGGCUCAAGACGAGGCAGCGUAGAUAUGUCUUCAAACUUUACUUUCAACUACACCUCCUCCACUUUUAGCUCCAGCUCUCUCUCAUAAUACAAUGGGGGGAUCUGAGAUUUGUUACGUUUCUCAAAACGUAGAGGAGACCAAGUUCAAGUUUUAAAGGGGAGUGGCUGUGGAAUAGAUAUACACAAUAUUAGGCAUUUAGCAGCUGUUUGGUAUUUAGCUACAAUACUUAGUUAUACAGGGCAAGGGAUUAUUUUUUGCAGCUAGUUUUGUUUCCUUAUUUUUCAUCUGCCUGGUAUAUGUUCUGACAGAUUUUUUUUUUUUUUUGGUUUUACUCGGUCAUGUACUAAAAAUAUCUGAUUUUCUUUAGGAACUGUGUGGAUUUUUUAUUCUUCUCUUCACAAUGUCCUCACUAAUUCCUUAAGUUUCUUCUUCGUAGAAAAGCCAAUAAUGAAUUUUUGAAAAUGAUACCCCUGUUCCACAGAAAUGUCCAGGGUCUGCAACCUAAAGUGGCUCAACUGUGCGUGUUCGUCUUAGCCGUUUUAAUCACAAUAAGGUAGCAGAUAUAAAAUUAUCGUUUGCACUGUGGAAUCUGAAAGGGCUUGCACCACCAUGCUGUGGCUCUAGAUUUUAGGCUCUCUUUUAAGUGUUCUUCAGCUGUACUUUAGGAAUUGUGAGCAUUACAUCCCAAUAUUAAUUUUGCAAUUCAUUGCUUACCAAUGCAUUCAUGAUGCGUAAGUUGAAUUCGGCCGUAAUGAGACAGGCACGAAGCUGCAUAGAGGUGAGAUUUUUCAGUGUAUUCUGUUACUGCCUAGAAACAGCAGUCCUGUGACCAGUUCCUUUUGUAUUAGUUUUUUUUUUCAUUUUGUAAAAUGCAUAAAUGCAUUCACGAAACGGCGAAGCAAAUAACCAUCUGUACUCAACUUUAAUUUUUUCCCUCCAUUAUGGAGACGGAAUCAGGUUUUGAAAAACAUCUUUGUACUCUUGACGUUUUCCACUGUGAUCUGUAUGCAAACCCCCCUCCAAAGAAUGAAAUGCUGCACAAAUAAACAUGACUAAUAUCUUUCAAUGUGCGCUUGGUAAUAAACCUUUUUAUAGAAUAA